AUGGCUUCCGCAUAUAGUCAAGAGCAACUUUCACAGUUCUUCGAUUAUAUCGAUCUUCCCAAAGGGCUGCGAGGAGACCUCCGGCCUUCUUUGAUGCUCUUGAAAGCCUUGCACACUCACUCGCUCGCUACGUUCCCAUAUGAAAACCUAUCUCUGCACUAUAAUGCCACUCAUAGUAUCGACGUCGAUCCUCAACAUCUUUUUCGAAAGAUGGUGAUAGAUAGACGUGGCCGCGGCGGUUUCUGUAUGGAAAUUGCGAUCUUGUACAACCACAUUCUUCGGGCUAUAGGGUUCGAUGCAUAUACUGCUGGGGUACGAACCCGAGGAAGACUCGAAGGUGUUCCAAGAGGGGACUAUCCAGGCUGGAACCAUAUCGUGAAUAUCAUCACUUUCCCGGAUGGUAGCAAAUAUCAUUCCGAUGUAGCAUUCGGAGGUGACGGCGCCACGAUGCCAAUGUCACUCGUUGACGGUUUAGUACACAAGAACCUUGGAACCCAGCAAAUCCGACUCAAGAGAGAUUGGAUACCUCAUCAAGUCCACAAGACAGAAGAGACCAAACUCUGGAUCUAUCAGUAUCGAAACGGCCAAGACAAAGAGUGGACCUCUUUCUACUCGUUUCCGGGCAUCGAGUUCUUUGCCUUGGAUUGGGAUGUCGUAAACUGGUGGAUCAACACUCAUCCAGAUAGCCAUCAGCCACGCAAUGUAUUGACUAUCAAGUUUCUGCUUCGGCCUGUGGAGAUUGAGGCGAGCUUCGAAGGGGAGAUGGAGAUUUAUGGAAAGAGAAUGCUCGUGAAUGGGGUUGUUAAAGAGAAUCUGGGCGGAAAGACACAGAUCAUCACCACUUGCAACUCAGAAGGGGAGCGUGUAGAAGCUCUUGAGAAGUAUUUCCAGAUAUCUCUCUCCGAUGAGGAAAAGGGCGGUAUUCGCGGCUAUGUGUCAGAGCUCAGAGGCACUACACCAUAA